AUGACCACAGAAGCACAGAACGACGCCAACAGCACUCAUGCCAGCCUUGAUCUACUCGAAGUCCGCCUGCGCCGCCUCGAGUACCUGCUGAGUGGUUCGAGCAGCCUUGACGGUGUACCUGACAGCGUUACAAAGCCUGCAAGCGGCGACGACGCAGUUCUGGGUCGUCUGCGCACACUGCAAGCGGGUCUCGAUCGUCUCAGGAAGAAUGACGGAGUCGCUGGAGAAAUGGUUAGGGAUGUUGAGACUUUAUAUAGCCAUUAUCCCGAAUUGAAAAAUAGCAGUGCUAGCAUCCCCAUAGAAGACGUAUCAACACAAGCCUCGAUCGUACUCGCAAAUGCUUCCCUCUACCCUGAGACUGCUUCGAGGCUGUCUUCUCUCCAGACCCUUCCGAUCCCACCAGUGGAAACCAGUUCUAAGCUUGCCGGAUUGAGCGGCGACAUUGACAAGUGCCAACAUGAACAAGACAACUUAGACGUCACAGUCCAGGACUUGCGUCAGCGGAGUGCUCGGUGUCUGGAAUGGUGGAUCAAGAUUGGGGUUGUGGGAAUGGGCGAUCUAUGGGAAGAGUGGGAAGACCGGAUGGUCGAGCUCGAGCGACAAGUGACCCGACAUGAGCGCAAGCGACAAGACGAGGAGGGAUACAUUUGA